AUGAACUACAUUGGUGGUAAAAUGACCAAGGCGAUCGUGAUGAUGAUGGUGUUGGUGGUGGCCGCUGUCCUGGUGGCGGCCCUGGCCGGUCCCGUGGCAGCCCCAGUAGGCAACCCCGGAUUUCUAGGAGGAUACGGAGGAUAUGGUGGAUAUGGAGGAUAUGGUGGCUAUGGAGGAUAUGGUGGAUAUGGUGGCUACGGUAGAUAUGGUGGCUUUGGAGGCUUUGGACGCGGAUUUGGAUUCGGAUUCGGCCGCUGA